UUGAAUGCAGUUGUUGUAUUGCAUGGGACUGUUUUAGGUACCAGAUCAUUGCUGCAUUACGAAAAUGGGAAACACUUGGCGCUAGAGCUUGGAGUGACCAGCGAACAGCCUUUAGCCGAAACAUCUACGGAUCUGGGCAGUGGUAGUAAUGCGGUGGUUGGAGUAGUUGCUGCCCCGCAACAAACAGCUACUGCUGAUGGACAUUAUGGCUUAGGCUCCAAUACGGUACAGCCAAGCAGAACAAUUGAAACAUUUUUUCGUUCUUCAAAGCCGGAAGAUCCGCAGGCAUCCCGUUUGUUCAGUUUUCUACAAGUGCUGACCGCUUGUUUUGCUGGUUUCGCGCAUGGUGGCAACGAUGUUAGCAAUGCAAUCGCACCACUCGUGUCACUCUAUGCCAUUUACAAGGAGAAUUCUGUGAUGCAGAAAUCAACAACUCCGGUUUGGCUCCUUCUUUAUGGCGCCUGUGGGAUGUGUGUUGGUCUGUGGCUUCUUGGACAUCGUGUUAUUUAUACGGUCGGCGAAAAUCUCACCAAAAUCACUCCUACAAGGUUUACUAAUGUUUAUAAAAAAACAAGCUAAUU